CCAAUAUCCGUCGUUGGGGCACCGCUCGCGGAACGUCGAAACGCUCGCUGACAUUCCCGCCUUUCCGAAUUGGGUUAAUCGAGUGUCGAGUGCAAAGGAUUUUAAGGAGAUAAAAGCUGAGGAUAAGAGAUAUCGCUGGAAGAAGCGAAGAGAAGUGGCGCAUCUGAGUUCUCUCUCGACGGAGGGCUGUUUGCGUGGGACGGAGAGACGACAGUAAAUAACAAACGUCCGUGCUCUUCUUGGCGACGAUGAGACGUCACACUCGACACUCGAUGACUCGGAUAGCGACGCUUGGGUGACCGACGAGGAAAACGAAAUGCCGCCGAUCGGAGACAGCUAGGGCUAAGCCGGCGAAUUCAAUAUCCGACGAUGCUGGUAAAUCAGACAAGAUCGGCGAGGUGUAUCGCGGCAGAAUCAAGGCAAGUCACAGGUCGAGGCGAGACAGAAAAUCGAGCGCGGAUUGCCCGGAGGAUUGCAUCGACAAGGACGCCACAUCGUUCCAGGUGAAUAAAGGGGCGAGGCAGAAUAGCGAGGUGAAAUUGAGGUAAGUAUCAUCAAGACGCACGCCAGAGUCCGCGCGAUGCAGAGCCGUGAGAAGAAUGCGAGAUCACAGUCGGACAUUGAUUUGAAGGCGGUAAAUCAAAGUAGCUCGUCAUCGAGCAUAGUGUACAAUCAGGAUCGAACUACGAUAGCUAUGUGCUCGGAUAGAGCGAGCGGAAACGUUCCCAGAAUCAACCGGCAAAGUCAAAUUGAAAUACCAGCUGCUUCAUGGAGCUACAUCCGGAAGCGGACACUUCGACGCCGAAAAGGACUUUGGGCGGUCAUACAGCGGCGAAUUCUCAAUUCGUCUAUCCGCGGUCCGAACGCCAUAAGGACGAGUCGGCGCAAAGUUACAACACGUUGCAAGAAAAAGCGAGCAAGGAAGUGGAGAACGCCAAGAGAUUGAAGAACAUCGACCCGGACAUGAUCAAGCUGAUCAAAAACGAGAUUGUGCAUUCGGGUGAAACGGUAACGUGGGACGACGUCGUCGGGCUCGAGAGCAUCAAGAACGUCAUCAAGGAAGUGAUGCUGCUCCCCAUGUUGUGGCCGAACAUCUUCAAGAGUCUCUACCGUCCACCCAAGGGGAUCUUGCUGUUUGGCCUACCCGGCACGGGAAAGACCUUCAUCGGCAAGUACAUAGCUUCGCAGAUCCAGUCCACGUUCUUCUUCAUCUCAGCGAGCUCCCUGAGGUGCUCCAAGUGGAUGGACAACAACGAGAAGAUGGUGCACGCGCUGUUCGCCAGGCCGUCCGUCAUCUUCAUCGACGAGAUCGACUCGCUGCUGACGCAGCGCUCGAAGACGGAGCACGAAUCCUCCAGGCGGCUGAAAACGGAGUUCCUGGUGCAGAUGGACGGCGUAUCGACGUCCGAGAGCGAUCGCAUUCUGAUCUUCGGCACGACCAGCCGGCCACAAGAUCUGGACGAGGCGGCGAGGAGGCGUUUCGUCAAGAGAUUGUACGUUCCUCUACCGGAUCUUAAGGCGCGCAAGCAGAUAAUAACUAAUUUAUUAAAAUCGGUGGAUCACGAUCUUAACGAGGAGGAUAUCGCGACGAUCGCGGGGAAGACGGUCGGAUAUUCCGGCGCCGACAUGACGGAUCUCUGCACGGAGGCAAGCAUGGGGCCGGUCCGGACUCUAAUCUCUUCCAAUCCAUUAGAAGAUACAAUGGAAGAAAUGAGAAAUAUAACGACUCGUGACUUUGAGAAGGCGCUGAUUAACGUGCGACCUAGCACGUCUCGAUCGAAUCUGAACGUUUAUAUUGAAUGGGAUCGCCUUUAUGGAUUCUGGUAUCCCUCUGCCCCAGCGCUACAAUUAGAUCUAAUGUAAUAUCGCGUUUCCUCCACGCAGUGAUAUGUAGAUCUGAGGGAAUUGCAAGAAUCACUGGACGCUCACUGAUCGUCUGCUGAACGUGGCCAUAGGCGAAGAAGAUAAUCCAAAUUUCGCCAUCGCGAGGCACUAUAAUUGUCUCGCACGGUAUCAGCGGCUUCAAUAUAGAGUAUCUCCAUGAACUGGCGUCCGCGAUGCGCGCGAUAGCACCAAGCGUGCAGGAUGAGCAUCUGCCUUAGAGAGAGCCUUGAAAAAAUUGGAGACAGAAGAGUUUGGAAUUGGAUCAAUUAUUAUAAAAACGGACGUAUUUGAAAUAAGAAAAUAUGGCCAAUUGUAGCUGUAAGACGGAUUUUUUGAAUAAUUUAGUUAAUGUGAUUUUGUAUUUCUCUCUCAUUGUCUCCCUAUUUAGAGAAACUGCAAAUUAAGACUAUAAUUAGUUU